AUGGGCAAACGCAGAUUCGGCAAACACCUUAUACCAGACACUGAUUCGCCGAUUCUUCUGCUGCUUCAGGACGUAGCAGCGAGAUGUUCGGCUCCUCAGGUGGUCCGCCAGCGAAAAAUAUGCGGCUUUCAUGCAAUUGGAGAGGGCGACAACUUUCCCUUCAACGUCGAUUUGGUCAACGCAGCGGCAGGCCUGGGCGAGGUGCGUGUGCGGCCAGACGUCGACUUGAGUUCACUGAAGGAAAGCGAGUUUGUUUUUCACAUUGAGGCCUACGACUGUGACAACCCUCCGCAUUUUUCCCAGCGGUCAACUUUCGCCUUCCCGGGUCUUGUCGCACCCAACACCUCUGGCGUCGUCGUCUACCACACGCGCUUCCGACCUACGCGACUUAAAGCGGUCUAUGUAUGUGAAGCUGAUUACUCAGUCUCUCUCUCCCAGUCUCUAAUCAUCCAGGUUACUCAUUUUGGGAAAGCUUGCCGUCCUGAGCUGACAGUUGUGGGUCACAGAGGCGAGUCCGCUUAUGUCUGA